CUGAAAACGGAAACGAGGCCCGUAAAGUUUUUAGAAAUCAAAGUGCGCACUUAUUUGAAUUAUACAGUGUAGCAUAAUACCAACUGUAUACUCAUCAAACAGACAUAGUAACAAACUUUAAGGAUCAACUGAAGUAUGCUUUCAAGGCUUGCAAAUCCACUACGAAAUGUCGUCAAAACUGUGACAAGGAAACAACAUACUAAACCAAUCAAACUUGGAUCACCCUCGCAAGCUGUUUUUGAUCGAGAAAGUAAAUAUGGGGCUCACAACUAUGGUCCACUUCCAGUAGCUUUAUCUAGAGGAGAAGGUGUGUUUGUAUGGGAUGUUGAAGGUAACAGAUAUUAUGACUUUCUCAGUGCCUACAGUGCUGUCAACCAAGGCCAUUGUCACCCUAAGAUCAUCAAGGCAUUAAAGGACCAAGCAGAUACCCUGACCCUUGCCUCUAGGGCAUUCUAUACAGACUGUCUAGGGGAAUAUGCAGAAUAUGUCACAGAACUAUUUGGAUAUGAUAAAGUCUUGCCCAUGAAUACAGGUGUUGAAGGAGGAGAAACAGCCAACAAACUUGCAAGAAAAUGGGGAUAUGAAGUAAAGGGAAUCCCUAAAAACCAGGCAAAGAUAAUAUUUGCUGAGGGGAACUUCUGGGGUAGAACACUUGCUGCAAUCUCAACCUCCACUGACCCAAGCAGUUAUGAGGGAUUUGGACCAUUUAUGCCUGGGUAUGAGGUGAUCCCAUAUAAUGAUCUCAAUGCUCUUGAGAAAGCUUGCCAGGACCCCAACGUCUGUGGAUUCAUGGUGGAACCCAUACAAGGGGAGGCAGGAGUAGUUGUACCACAUGAUGGCUACCUUAAAGGCAUCAGGGAGAUUUGUGACACGCACAAUGUACUAUGGAUGGCCGAUGAAGUACAAACUGGACUCUGCAGAACUGGAAGGUGGCUUGCUGUUGACCAUGAGGAUGUAAGACCUGAUAUUGUCAUUCUGGGGAAAGCCUUAUCAGGAGGAGUUCUUCCAGUGUCUGCUAUUCUUGCUGAUGAUGAGAUAAUGCUUACAAUAAAACCUGGUGAACAUGGCUCAACAUAUGGUGGUAACCCAUUGGCCUGUAAAGUAGCCAUAGCAGCACUUGAGUGCAUGUUGGAAGAGAAGAUGGCUGAAAAUGCUCAAUACCUUGGUGAGAUUCUACGAAAUGAACUCUCAAAGUUGCCAAAAGAUGUUGUGUCCAUUGUGCGCGGGAAGGGCCUUCUUAAUGCGAUUGUCAUCAAUGAAAAGUUUGAUGCAUGGAAGGUUUGUGUUCGGCUCCAGGAGAAUGGCCUGCUCGCUAAACCCACACAUGGUGAUAUUAUCCGCUUUGCACCUCCUUUAACAAUGACUGAAGAUCAACUGAGAGAAUGCAUUGAAAUUAUCUCACGGGUGGUUAUGUCGUUCCAAUGA